AUGCGUACUUUACAUCAACGCUGGACAUGGUCCCUCCUCGCUCUUUUGUCUUGGGACUCACUCAUCACCCCCACAAGAGCAACAUCUUCCGUCAAUGUUGCUCUACAGACCUCCUUCUCGGCCGGUCCAUAUCUGGUCGAGUUGUUAGAAACUGCUGCUCUUGAGAACUCGUCAUCUUACUUCCCUCUUCUCGACCGCAUCGCCGAUGGUACCUUUACAGAUUUGCAAACGGAACAAGAGCUAUAUACUAAAUUCCUCGACGUCGUGCAGAAUGAUGGGCACCUUUCCACUCCGGAGUCUGUUUCUUCCUUCAAGUUCGCCCUCGCCCUUCAUGCUGCAGCACCAAGGGUCGAAGCUCAUUUCCAAUACUACAAUACCUCUGUUCAACCGCACCUGAUGGCUGCUCAGGAUGCCGUAUGCCCCGUUUGGGUCUAUUUGGAUGGCCAGCAAUUUUGCUCGCCUACCUUGGAUCGUGCUCAGCAGAUGGUCUCUAUUCCAGAUACUGUGAAUGAUCUCCCGUUUGAUCGGGUCCUCGGUGCUUCAUCUGAUGGACCUUCGUCUAUCCUCUAUGCAGACAUCACUCACCCCUUGUUCGGGCAGUUCCACAAUGUCGUCAGUCAGACUGCCCGCGAAGGAAAAUCGACAUACAGACUACGGUACAGACCUUCAACGAUGGUCUCUAGUAGACCGAUCUUUGUUACAGGCUAUGGCGUGGAGCUCGUUUUGAAGCGCACAGACUACAUCGUUAUUGACGACCGGGAUGCGCAAAAGACGGGAGAUUCGACGCCGGAACAACUAUCGUUGGAGACCAAGGAUGAUGAGAUCAAAGAUCUGAAGCCCCUAACCACUUCAGAAGUGGCCAAGCUAGGCAUCAAUGCUGCCAGCUUCAUUCUCUCAAGCUCGAACCCUCUGGAUACUCUGUUACAGGUCACUUCGGAUUUCCCCAGAUACUCUUCUCUUCUCGCCUCGGUAAAUGCCAGCAAAGAGUUCGUUCUCGAACACAGGGCAAAUCGAGAUCGGUUUCUACCAUCAGGAUACAAUGUCUUGUGGAUCAAUGGUGUGCAGAUUGAGCCUCGACAGAUGAACGCCUACUCUCUUCUCGACCAUUUGCGAAGAGAAAGGCGUAUCAUCGCUGAGCUCAAGAGUCUGGGGUUGGCAUCGUCGGAAGCCAUUAGCCUCCUCUCUAGUGAGAUCAUCGCCGAAGCACAAGCGAAUGAAACUCCUCAGCGAUUCGACUGGCGCGAUGACUCUGAAGCCGGCGGCGUCUUGAUGUGGCUGAACGAUCUGGAACAAGAUAAACGAUAUGCUGGUUGGUCGUCGUCUCUGCGGUCUUUGUUCCAAAGAACAUAUCCCGGGCAACUUCCCCAAGUAUCUCGUGAUAUACAUAAUCUCAUCGUGCCGAUCGACAUGGGCAAUAUGAAAGACAUUGAACUGGCCACCACAUCCCUACAGAGUCUCGUCCGGCGACAAGUUCCCAUCAGAAUUGCUCUGAUCCCCACUGGGGAAGGGGAAACAGCGGACACAUACUCAAAAGUCGCAUAUCACAUUUCAGAUACCUAUGGUUUAACUGCUCUGAUGAGCUUCUUCUCCGAUAUUGUCGCUGCAAAAAGGAUAAAUACAAGUCCUGAGACAAGCUUCAAGACUGCCAUCAGGGGUCGAGCUACAAGGGAAGGAAAAGAGCCGUUAGCCUUUCAAGAGGUACUGAACGACGAAAGCCUGGGUCUACGACUGCAAGCUCGAGAUGAAUACAUGAAGCGUUUGGCACUUGCACGGCCCAAUCCUCCCUUACUCGUCAACGGAGUGGUUAUACCGAGGACGGAUAACUGGUUUGAGCUUUUGAGUGCUCGGUUGUAUGCAGAUCUUCAGCUGGUACAGCAAGCAGUGUUUCAAGAAGCCAUCUUGGAAGAAUCUUGGGUUCCUGAGUUCUUCCUCUUUCAAGCUGUCAAACGGCGCAAUGAGAUGGUCUUUCCGGAUAACGCCAAAGAUGUUGAAAUUGUUGAUGUUGGCCAAAUAACCGUUGACUUCGCCGACAGCUUUGCACGCCUGCCUCGCCUGGCUGGGAUAGAAGCGACAUUGUUGAGCGACCGUGCUCACCUUCUUGUUGUUGUCGACCUUGAAUCCGAGACUGGUCGGACCUUGCUUUCGGAAGCGCUGCUGUUCCACCGGCGAAAUCCUGAGAUAGAGAUGCUCAUCAUUCACAACCCUGGUCCUGAAUCACAAACCUCAAGCUUUGCCCGUGGUCUCUACGCGCUCUUACAGGAGGACGGUCGGGACCUGACUGUCGAUCGCCUCGAGCAGUUACUCAAGGGCGAGCUGAGCUCUUCUGCGGAUGAUCUGACAGACGCAUCGGCUGAGUUUUGGAGUUCCCAUGCAGAUUUACUCCAGACGUUAUCAUUUUCAAAAGGCCAAAAUGGGCUGUGGCUCAACGGUCGUCUCUUAGGACCCCUUGACCAAGGUUUCACCUCUGUCGACUUCGAGGCGUUGCUUGAAUUCGAAAGGAGAGAACGAAUAGCACCGGUUACGACAGCCAUCACUGGACUUGCGCUAGAAGACCGAUUUACCGGGGCUCUCGACCUCGCAAAGAUUACCUCGCUUGUUGCUCGAUCUUUGAAGUCUGACCUGCCAGAGGGCUUGAGAGAGUCCGCGCCCCUGAUCAGGAUGGAACGCUUCAAAUUCUGGAAUAGCACUCAUACGUCUAUUAAGAUAUCGAACUCUGACGACAUUAAUAUUCAGAUUGUGGCCUCGAUUGAUCCAGCCUCUGAGCUGGUUCAACAGUGGGUUCCGAUUUUGGAGAGCCUGUCACAGCUGAAUGGAGUGAGCGUGCAGAUCUUCUUGAACCCGAAAGACAGAUUGACCGAGCUGCCAGUCAAACGGUUUUUCCGGCAAGUCAUUAGUGCAGAGCCCAGUUUCGACUCCCAUGGUUCCCUAUCCAUUCCCAAUGCAUCGUUCAGCGGUAUCCCUAAGGAUACGCUCUUCAACCUGGGAAUGGUUGUGCCUCCAUCAUGGUUGGUGGCGCCCAAGAUAUCCAUCCAUGAUUUAGACAAUAUCAGGCUCAGUAACCUAGCCGAGGGCGAGAAUAUCGACGCUGUCUAUGAGCUUGAGCACAUUCUCAUUGAAGGCCAUGCAAGGGACGUGACUAGUGGUCCACCACCUCGUGGCGUGCAACUGCUGCUGGGAACUGAGGACGAGCCGCACUUUACAGACACCAUCGUCAUGGCCAAUUUGGGAUACUUCCAAUUCAAAGCCAAUCCUGGGUACUGGCAAAUCUCAUUAAAACCGGGGAGGUCAUCAAAGAUCUUCAACAUUGAUAGUGUUGGCCCCCAUGGUUACUCUGCUCAACCGGGCGAUGAGACCACAUCAGUCGCUUUGCUCUCCUUCCAAGGGCUGACUUUAUUCCCUCGGCUUUCCCGAAAACCCGGCAUGGAAGAGGAAGAUGUCCUGGAGUCAUCUGCCCUUGGGGGUGCCAUGGACUACCUUAACAAGGGAGCUUCCUUCGCAUCUUCAGCACUGUCCUCGCUAGGCUUCAAGAAGACCUCUUCGAACGCUGACAUCAACAUCUUCUCAGUGGCUUCGGGCCACCUUUACGAAAGGAUGUUGAAUAUCAUGAUGGUGUCGGUCAUGAAGCACACCAAACACAGCGUCAAGUUCUGGUUCAUUGAACAAUUCCUGUCACCAUCGUUCAAGAGUACUCUGCCCAUACUUGCAGAACACUACGGCUUCGACUACGAGAUGGUGACUUAUAAAUGGCCUCACUGGCUUCGAGGUCAGAAGGAGAAGCAGCGGGAAAUUUGGGGCUACAAGAUCUUGUUCUUGGAUGUGCUCUUUCCGCUGGAUCUGGACAAAGUCAUCUUCGUGGAUGCUGACCAAAUCGUGCGCACAGACAUGAUGGAAUUAAACAAAGUGGACCUGAAGGGGGCUCCUUACGGCUUCACGCCCAUGUGCGACUCUCGCACCGAGAUGGAAGGAUUCCGCUUUUGGAAACAAGGAUACUGGGAGACAUAUCUCCGAGGGAAACCCUACCACAUAUCGGCCCUCUAUGUGGUUGACCUCAAGAGAUUCCGUCAACUUGCCGCUGGCGAUCGCCUCCGACAACAGUACCAAGCACUGUCGGCUGACCCAGCCAGUCUCUCCAACCUGGACCAAGACCUGCCGAACCAUAUGCAACACAGUCUCCCCAUCCACAGUUUGUCGCAGGAAUGGUUGUGGUGUGAGACAUGGUGUGAUGACGCCAGCUUGGCCAAGGCCAAGACGAUUGAUUUAUGUAACAACCCACUCACAAAGGAACCCAAGUUGGACAGGGCGAAGAGGCAAGUGCCUGAAUGGACACUGUACGACGAGGAGAUUGCAGGAGUCAUUCGAGCGGCAAAGGAGCAGGCGUCGACGGUCACGGACAGUGAGGGUUUGGAGGACGCUGCUGAUGGCGAAAACCUGGAAAAUGUUGAAAGUGAGCGUAUCCGGGAUGAAUUAUGA